UGGCCUGUGAAUCUCGGGGUGAUAAUUUGCGGCAUGUGUUUUUGAGCCACGACUUCACAGUUGUGGCGACGGUGAGCAUCGAAAAUGUUCCGAGUGGGAAAACUCCUCUACUGACUGCGACUUUGGCGGACACUGAGUCCAAUCAUACCAUGGGAAUCUUGUAUACCGCGGAUAAGAAGAUGGAGACGGUGUUCAAAGACAAAACAACAAGGAGCAGCACUUGGGAGCCGAAGAAAGAAUACCAAGUGGCACUCAUGCUCCAAGGCAAAAAGGCCUCUGUGCACAUUGAUGGUCGGUCGCUGGGGGAAGGAGAAGUGCUGCUAACAGAUGAGAAGUCACUUGAGCUUGUGCACUUCUGCUUUGGUGCGUGCGUUCAGGAGUCCAGUCCAACGGCCGCCGGCCAACACUCUCCUGUGACGGUGGCGAACGUCUUUCUGUACAACCGCCCACUGAAUUCCACUGAGAUGCGUGCAAUCAAGGACAGGAUCCCCGUUCCGAAGAGAGGCCCGGGAUCACAGGUGGAGGGUGGAACGGGAAGGAGUCAUAUCCCUCGUAUUGAGGGUGUGCGAGCCAAUGCGCCUGCUGGGAGCGGACUGCUGUCGCUGCUUCUUCUGCUGGGACUGUGGGGGUUUGCGGCUGCGUGA